CAAACUAGGAGAUAAGCUGAGGAGGGAGGAGCCGCAUUUGGGACACAGCCACAGAAACUGCUGCUACCACGGGAUUUCCUUUCGUCCUGUCGCGAGAUUACCGCUAGGUUCAGCUGAUUAUUUGGGGCAGAUAUUAAGCUAGCUAACCUAGUUGCCAGCAUAUCAGCUCAAUUUAAUGUGGACAGUUUGUCAGAUCAUUAAUUAGACUUUUUUUCACGCGCGGUAAGGAUGGCAGAAACAGAUCCCAAAUCGGUGCAGGAUCUUACAGGGGUGGUGCAGACAUUGCUGCAGCAGAUGCAGGACAAAUUUCAGACCAUGUCAGAUCAGAUCAUCGGGAGAAUUGAUGAGAUGAGCACGCGCAUUGAUGACCUGGAGAAGAACAUCGCUGACCUGAUGACUCAGGCUGGGGUGGAGGAGGUAGAGGGAGAGAACAAGCCCAAGGAAGGCGAGGCCUCUUAGUGAAGGCUGCCAAGUAAAAGUGAAGUAAGGACAUUCAAGAGCAGCGAUGAUUCUCCUGCCCUCUAGUGGUGACUGAUCUGAUUUGAUGUGUUGUAUAGUUCUUUUUAUACUGAGUUCUAAUAAUGGUAAUAUUUCCUGAUAGAGCUGCUAUCCUUUAGGUUGUUUUCUUUAACAGAUAUUUCAAGUCACUUUUUAAACCCAUUUAAGGCCAGCUAUCCACCCAGUCGAGGCCUUAGUUACUCUAUUAUGAGCACUUCUUGUGUGCUAAUCAGACUUCAUUCCAGUUUCCACUGAAUUUCUGCUAUUAAAAUGGUUUCAUACAAAACAA